CGGGCGAUGACGUCGCCAGCCGGGUGUCCUUGUAUAGCGGCGAGGGAGGGCGCCUCAGUUUGCGGCCGGCAACAGAGCGAGCCAGAGGUGGCUACCGAAUUCGCCUGUUUCGACACAAACCUUGCGGUCGAUUGAACGAGUCCUAGAUCUGAGAAAACAGUUUUGAACAUGCUGUCCAGACUAUUUCAAAUGCAUGGCCUUUUUGUGGCCUCUCACCCAUGGGAGGUCAUUGUGGGGACUGUAACUCUUACUAUUUGCAUGAUGUCCAUGAAGAUGUUCACUGGUAAUGACAAAAUCUGUGGAUGGAAUUAUGAAUGUCCCAAAUUUGAAGAAGAUGUUUUGAGCAGUGAUAUUAUAAUACUGACAAUCACACGCUGCAUAGCAAUCCUUUAUAUAUAUUUCCAGUUUCAAAAUCUGAGGCAGCUUGGAUCAAAAUAUAUUUUAGGUAUUGCUGGGCUCUUCACAAUCUUCUCAAGCUUUGUCUUCAGUACUGUGGUGAUUCAUUUCCUUGAUAAGGAAUUGACAGGCUUGAAUGAAGCACUGCCAUUCUUCUUACUUCUGAUUGACCUCUCCAGAGCUAGUGCAUUAGCCAAGUUUGCACUCAGUUCCAAUUCACAGGAUGAAGUAAGAGACAACAUUUCACGUGGAAUGGCAAUCUUGGGCCCUACAUUUACACUUGAUGCCUUAGUGGAAUGUCUUGUGAUUGGUGUUGGUACAAUGUCUGGAGUAAGACAGCUUGAAAUCAUGUGCUGUUUUGGCUGCAUGUCUGUCCUAGCCAACUACUUUGUCUUCAUGACUUUCUUUCCUGCAUGUGUAUCUCUGGUAUUAGAGCUUUCACGGGAAAGUCGCGAAGGCCAUCCCAUAUGGCAGCUCAGCCACUUUGCUCGUGUUCUAGAAGAAGAAGAAAAUAAACCCAAUCCUGUAACACAGAGGGUGAAAAUGAUUAUGUCUCUAGGUUUAGUUCUUGUUCAUGCUCACAGUCGCUGGAUAGCGGAGCCAUCGACACAAAAUAGCACGGCAGAAAUAUCUGUGGGACUCGAUGAAAAUGCACCAAAAAGAAUUGAGCCAAAUGUUUCUCUGUGGCAAUUCUAUCUUUCCAGAAUGGCCAGUAUGGAUAUUGAACAAGUAAUUACACUUGGCUUAGCUCUUCUCCUUGCUGUCAAAUACAUCUUCUUUGAGCAGACUGAGAUGGAAUCCACAUUGUCAUUGAAGAACCCUAUAACAUCUCCAUUAGUGAUCCAGAAAAAAAUUCCUGAAAACUGCUGCAGAAAACAAUCUGUACCUUUAAAAAAUAAUCCCAUUUCCAAAAAAGUAGAUGCUCCAUUUGCCAAAAAUGAAAAAGAUGAAACUAUAAAGCCUUUCCUACCGGAGUCACUAGCAAAGGCCACCUUUGUGGUUGGUACUUGUGCACCUGAAGAAACUUCAUCAGUAUGUAAUACUACAGUCCCUGACACUGAAUUGCCUAAAGAGUCACGCUCCAUUGAAGAAUGUCUCUCAGUACUUCAGAAUGGCAAGAUGGGUGCAAGGUUCCUUACUGAUGCUGAGGUAAUUAGUUUAGUCACUGCAAAGCAUAUUCCUGCUUACAAGCUGGAAACUUUAAUGGAAACUCAGGAACGUGGUGUAUCAAUUAGAAGACAAAUUUUAUCUCAGAAACUUCCUGAACCUUCCUCCCUACAUUAUCUUCCUUACAAAAACUACAAUUAUUCUUUGGUAAUGGGUGCCUGCUGUGAAAAUGUGAUUGGAUACAUGCCAAUCCCUGUGGGAGUGGUUGGCCCCCUUCUUCUGGACAACAAAGAGUUUCAUAUUCCAAUGGCAACAACAGAAGGUUGUCUGGUGGCAAGCACAAAUAGAGGGUGCAGAGCAAUAUGUCUUGGUGGAGGUGCCAGGAGCCGUAUUUUGGCUGAUGGAAUGACUCGAGGUCCUGUGAUAAGGCUACCAACUGCCUGCCAGUCUGCAGAAGUGAAAGCUUGGCUUGAAACACCGGAGGGUUUUAAGAUAGUCAAAGAUGCAUUUGAUAGCACCAGCAGGUUUGCUCGUCUCCAAAGGCUUCAUAUUGGUUUGGCUGGACGCAACCUCUAUAUUCGCUUCCAGGCUAGAACUGGUGAUGCAAUGGGAAUGAAUAUGAUUUCAAAAGGUACAGAGAAGGCACUUGCAAGACUGCAGGAAGAGUUUCCUGAUCUCUACAUUUUAGCUGUUAGUGGUAACUACUGUACAGAUAAAAAGCCAGCUGCCAUCAACUGGGUAGAAGGGAGAGGGAAAUCAGUCGUCUGUGAAGCAGUCAUUCCAGCAAAAGUUGUCAAAGAAGUAUUGAAGACUACCACAGACGCCAUGGUAGAAGUCAACAUAAACAAAAAUUUGGUUGGAUCUGCAAUGGCUGGUAGCAUAGGUGGCUACAAUGCUCAUGCAGCAAACAUUGUCACUGCCAUGUACAUUGCAUGUGGGCAGGAUGCAGCACAGAAUAUCAGCAGCUCAAACUGCAUUACAUUGAUGGAGUCAGCUGGUCCUACCAACGAAGAUCUAUAUAUCAGUUGCACAAUGCCUUCAAUAGAAAUCGGGACUGUGGGUGGAGGAACCAACCUGUUACCACAGCAGGCUUGUUUGCAGAUGUUGGGGGUGCAAGGAGCAAGUACAGAAAAUCCUGGAGAAAAUGCCCGGCAGCUUGCCAAAAUUGUGUGCGCUACAGUAAUGGCAGGAGAACUGUCCCUUAUGGCUGCCUUAGCUGCAGGGCAUUUAGUCAAAAGCCACAUGAUUCACAACAGGUCAAAAAUAAAUCUACAAGAUCUUCAGGGAACAUGUACCAAGAAAGCUGUGUGAAAUUGACAGAAACUUGAAACAAAUGAUUGCUAUGACAAAUUGACAAGUGAAAGGAAACAGCACAUGAUCUGUGACUUUUAGAAGGAAGAUAAAUGUUCAAUACAUUGGAUUGUUGGAAGGACACAUGGGAUCGGUGGGUGUGGAACCCACACCUGGCUGUUUGCAUCCUUUGUCCCUUUUGAAUACCAAAAGGAUGCUUCUCUAUAGGAAAUAUUUCAGAGGGUUUUUAAUUCUGACAUGGAACUCUAGCUUGUUCUGAGUGAUAUGUUCUAUGCUAUGGAGCUCCAUGUAGUUUAUCCAAGCUAUCCAAAAUGAUUAACCUUGCUCCUUUUAGCAGUGAAAAUAAUCUGGCUAUUGUAACUUACUGGUUUGGGGUUUUAAACCAGCCUACUCCAUUAAUUGCUUUCUUGUGUUCAUUGUUUUUCAGGCCAACUUGGUAUAUUUUGUGUACAACCCUGAAACAACCUGUUAUUCUUGUGAGCCAGGCAUUAAAUUUGCAUCAAAUCAUCUCAUUCCAGCAGAAUAGCAAAUUGGUGUGGGUGGGGGAUGGUUGGAUGGGUUUUAUUUGUUGCCAUUAUUCAUUUUAGCCAAACUGCUCUUCACAGACUCUUUUUAAUCUGGUCAGAUUUAUAAGGUUAGAAUUUGGACAUGGGGAUGAAUUUAGUUGAAUCACAAUAUUCAGAAUCUUCUUUCAGGAUGCUUCACUUAGUUGUGCUGUUUGUACAAAGGGAACGUAUGCAUUGUUGCAAAAAAGAUAUGAUCCAUAGAGACUAUAUUUCAAAAUAUAACCCACUGAGUUAAAAUUCUCAGGUGUUUUGUUCAGACGGACUUUUCUGUACCAUCCAGUGCGAAAUUCUCUGGAGCAAAGCCCAUGGGUGGCAGCUGAUAAAAAAUCACUGUAGAACCUAUAGAACCUAUUUGUUUCAGUGAUACCUUUCCUAAAAGAAGUACACAGUUGCCUGCACCUUUAAAUGGUUAAGGUUUUAAUGGGGAUGGUUUUGAAUAACGAAUUCAGAAACAUGUUUACACUUUUUUUCAAUCAUCACUUUGGAGUAUGGUGUGAAUGUUUUUAUUUUAUUUUUUACAGGAAUAGGUGCAUGACUUGACAUGAGAGAUCUGUUAAAAAUCCAUGCUGCUUUAUUACUGAUACUUUAUUUAAUUAUUUUCCUUGAAAUUAUAAUUUAUUUGGGGGUAAGAUCCAAAUUGCUCCUCACUUCUUUUGAAGGACUGCUAACAACCAGAUUCACUGAAAUGAUGUUAGAAGAAAAGUGAAUGCAGCAAAGGUAGCUGCCUAUCAGUGAAGUCUACUACAAAGCUACAGAGAACCAGUCUGAAGAGAGAGAGCAGGAGUUCAGAUGUACUCCUUAUCCCUUGUCAGAUGCAGUGACGACAUUGCUCCAAACUGGCUAAAAUGAUGGUUUGAGUUCUGGGAUCCUUUUGUUCCACUUGGAACUAAUUGCAAGAGACCCACCUCUUCCAAGCUCAGUAAAAUUGAGUGGAAUAUAUAUAUGUAUAUGUAUACAUACACAUUUUGUACAUAAAAUAUCUAACUAGUAUGUAUUAGGUUCAUAAGCUAAUGCAAGUCAACCUAUUACUUGCUAGAUAUGUGCUGUGGCUGUUUGUAAAUAGCAUCAUGAAUGUCCCUCUUCCUACAGUAUUCUUGUCCAGCAACUACCUUUUUAUUAUUUAUGCAGAGUUCAAAUUUAACAGGUUUUAUUAUUUAAUGCAACACUGGGCUAGCAAUAAACAGUCUGUACAGUGUCCGUUUUGGUGAAUGCAACUGACAUUCUGUCUUUCCAAAAACCAUUUUGUACUAUUAAAAACUGUACAUUUUGGUACAAUUUUUCCCGUUUCAGUAAAACAAUGGAAACAACUGAA